CAAUAUAAGAAUCUGAGAUUCAUGUCCUGAUUAUUUCGCAUCUGAUUCCACGCUGCAGCUAGCAUCGGAUCCACCACACUUGAAGUAAAGCAGUUUGAAAGAAUCAUCUCAUCUAGUGCUCCGAAGAUGUCUUCAACUCAACGUUUCAUGUUUUUUGUUCUGGUAGUGGCAGUAGUAAUUGAAACUGGCCUAGUGGAGUCAAGAUUUCAGAAGCAAAACGCUGUGCAACAGCCUGGUCUUGUGAACCAAAAGAGACCCUUCUGCAACGCGUUUACCGGUUGUGGUAUGAAAAGGUCACCAACUGCAAUGGACACUGAAGAGUUCUUAUCACGUUUAAGCAAGCAGAUAAUGGCUGAAGUAGAACUGUGGAACCUAUUUCGGCAACGAGCAGGCAAAAGUGCAAAUAUAGUCACAGAUAAGAACCAGAUGGAGCGCAUGAAAAUCAGUCCCUUCUUGGACUUGCUAGCUGCAGAGAUGAGUCAGCGAAGACCUAUUUCAGAUGGAAUACAAACCUUAAACGAGGAAGAUUAAAGAAAGGAAGCAGAAAGAACCUCUGGCUGUUCUCACCCAAAAUGAAGCCAAAAGGCUUUAAUGUUAAAUUAAAUAUAUAUUUAGAGAACUGUCUUCUAGUGUGUAUAAUUUGUAUCAACUUAUAAGUAAUGAUGCUUAAAAUUCUGUCAAUAAAGUAGCAAUCCUUUAAGCUUG